UUUCUACUUCCUGGGCUGCUCGCCUCGCCCAAACAUGUCUCAAAACCGCCCCGUUUCUAGAUUUUACCGAAAUCUCACGACGCCGAUCAAGAAAGUAGUUCUCCUAGGCGACGCAGGAGUGGGGAAAUCGUCGCUGUUUGCUCGGUUCUGCGGCGAAGACUUCCUAACUUCCGUACCGACAACAGUUCAGCCCCGGGCCAGCGAUAUCCGAGAGUUCCAAGUCGGGUACAACAACGUACGGAUUUCCUUAUGGGACACAGCCGGUGUGGAGCGUAUGUUGUCUCUGACGGAGAAUUAUUACCGCAAGGCCGUCGGAGUUCUUCUUGUGUACGAUGUGAUGGACAGGGAAACAUUCGAUAACCUGGAACACACCUGGGUUCCCAGUGUAACGUUACGGAAUAACAGAGUAAAGGCAUUUCUUGUUGGAAACAAAAGCGAUCUCACGACAGAUUCAGCAGAAGUUGUAUCAGAAGAAGAAGUAAAAACAUACAGCAGAACUUGUCCACUGGACGUUGUAGGCACGUUCAGAGUGUCUGCCAAAACAUGUGCAGGAGUGGAGGACAUGUUUGCCAAACUCGCUGAAUCAGUACUUGAAGACUACAGCUUUGAUGAAGUGAAGGGUAUAAACUUGGCCGAGCCCAACUCACAGCAAGACGUUCAAACAUCCGGACAGGGAACAUGUGCAUGUAAAAUAUGAGGCAGAACAGCAGAGCAUUGGUGAAGGUAAUAAGAUAUGCCAAAA